CAUUUUUACCCCCCUUUUCCUCUUUUUCCCCAAAAUACCCUUCCCAUCUCUCUCUUCUUUCUUCUUUCUCCUUCCCUUCGCUUCUCCAUAAGCAACCAACCUGUCUCUUGUUGGAUAUGUAGCUGGCCUGUUGGAUCCCUUGAAGCAUCCCCCUCUCUACUCUCUUUCUCUCUCUCUCUCUCUAAAACCCUAAUCUCAUUCCAUUUCUUCACUCUCUCUUUCAUGGCUCCCAAACCCUAGCUAGCUUCGUCGUCCCAUUUCUUCUUCUUCUUCUUCUUAUCCUUCUUUUUUCUAAUUUCAUGGGGGAAAUUGGGAAAGCGGAAAUUAAUUUAAUUGAGCAUGCACCACUAGCAGUUUAAUUUAAUUCGAUUUUCAAUUUUAAUUACAUGUAUGUACCUGAUUGAUUCUUCGAUUUGAACCCCUCUGGCCUUCUUUGAGAUCUGAGCUUUUCUUUUUUCCUUUAUCCAAUUUUUUUUUUUUUCUGUGUGUGUGUGUGUUUCUGUGGUUUAGGGUUUUGGAAUUUACUCGUAUGGAUAUGAGAGAACAAGAGAAGGAAGUAAUAAUGCCUGGAGCUAAUUCUGGUGCCGCUGCUUAUGGUCAUAUUUUUGGGGAAACUUCUUCCGAAAGGAUUCAUAAUGGUUCUCAUCACCAUAUCCAAACAGACCACCACGAUGCCGGUGAGAAUGUUGGCGGCGGCGGCGGAGGAGGAGGAGGAGGAGGAGGAGGUGGAGGUGGCGGCGGUGGGGGUGGUGGUAAUUUUUCCGCUGGCGGUAGAUCCAAGGUGCGAGGGGGUGUUUCUGGAGUUAGAUAUCGUGAAUGUUUGAAGAAUCACGCGGCGAGCGUUGGGGGGAAUAUUUACGACGGAUGUGGAGAGUUUAUGCCGAGUGGUGAAGACGGAACCCUAGAGGCUUUGAAAUGUGCUGCUUGUGAAUGUCACCGGAAUUUUCACCGGAAAGAAAUUGACGGCGAGACUCAAUUGAAUAUCAGUCCUAAUUACAGAAGAGGCUUAAUGUUGAACCAUCUCCAGCUUCCUCCGCCAUUACCAUCUCCUUCAGCUCUUCACGGUCACCAUAAAUUCUCCAUGGCAUUAAACCUCCAUUCUAGUCCUACUGCUCCAAUCAUCGCUCCGAUGAACGUCGCCUUCGCCGGCGGUGGAGGAAACGAGUCUUCCAGUGAGGACUUAAACGUUUUUCACUCCAAUGCGGAGGUUAUGCCGCCGUCUUCUUUCUCCUUGUCGAAAAAGCGUUUCCGUACAAAGUUCACACAGGAGCAAAAGGAUCGGAUGCUCGAGUUCGCUGAGAAAGUCGGAUGGAGGAUUCAGAAGCAAGAUGAAGAAGAAGUGGAAAGAUUCUGUACGGAAGUCGGAGUGAAACGGCAAGUCCUCAAAGUCUGGAUGCAUAACAACAAGAACACUGUGAAGAAGCAGAACGAAAAUCACGAACCUGAACUCGCCGGUACCGGCGCCGGUGCCGGCAUUACGAAUGAAUCGUAACUUGGAAUCCAUGGCGGCCAAUGCCUGCUGAAGAAGGUAAGAAUCACGUACGUUAAAUUAGAGGAAUAUAACGUCGUUUAUAUAAUUGAAGGAAUAUUGAGAGACGAUUUUAUGUCAGAGACCUUCUUGUGAUUCUUCUUCAUCUUAAUUAAUUUUAAUCCCUCAAUUAUUUAUGCUUUUAAUU